AUGGUGCUAAGAAUAGCGAUACUCACUGACAAUGCCGACUACGAUGCCGGCGAAACGUCUGGAAAUCGCACUGAAUGUAUCACUGCUGCCGAGGGUCAUCUAGACAUUGUUGAUCCAUAUCAGCGUAUCCAGACUCGAGAAUUUCCUGUUGUUCAUCCACCAUGCGAUGCACCUCUAUGCAAGAGAUGCCGUAUUCAUGACAUUGCCAAAACCUUUUGCUGUGCCCCUGAAGAACAUAAUCUUGUGAAAAACGGUCAGGACGAUGGUGCCGAAGAGAUUGAGCUAGCUUAUCUUUCAAGCCGCACUCCAGUGGAUGACGACCCGGCUUUGGCUUGGGAGGCUUCGCAUCCUGCCGGCUCUUGGUGGUGCGACCAGUGCCAGGAAGCCGUCGUCACACCCGGAGUCAGUGUGCCCGAGCUCUUUGCCGUUUUGCGCCAAUGGACGCCCCACGCUCAGCUUCAGUUGGCUACUGUUGUAGAAGAAAUUCUGCGACGAGGUGCCAAUAUUGACGACAGAGAUGGUGUUACCGACAUGACCUUGUUACAUUUUGCCGCCAAAUCUGGAGCUCUUGGAGAUGAAGAAAUUGCUUGCAAGUGA